GGCGGCCGGGCAUCCCCGGCGGGAGCCGGAGCGGGAGCAGCCGGGGCUGCGCGUCCCCGGCGGACACAAUGGGCUUUAUUCCUUCGGCAGCCGCGGGGAGGUCUCGGGUGGCCUUUCCCACCCGGAGGAGCGGCAAGUUUGAGAUUCGUGUCGCCCGCUAGCACGGUCCCAAGUUAAUUAAAACUCUCUGUCUCUCUGCAGAUGGUUUUCUGGGUGCUGUGAUCCACACGGAGAUAAAUAUCCGAUGGAGCCAUUUGCCUGCUGUGAUUUCUUUCUCUCCGCGUAUACUCCGGUGCACUCCAUUUCCAUGUGAGCAGGGAGGCUGUCUGAGUUAACGGCUGCUUUUCAAACCUCACUUCUCUCCAGACUGCUGUAGGAUCUGGUCGGCGUGGUGCCGGAGGCUGGGAGCUUUGCGCCUGUGAAAUUUCCUUCGCCUUCUUGCUCAGGAGUCGAGGGAGCUUUCUGACAAUGAUGAAGACAGAAGGCAAAGGGGAAAGGACUUUAAGAAGUGCUUCUCCACACAGAAAUGCCUAUAAAUCUGAUUUCCAUGCCAUCAAAUGCUCUUUUGAUGGAGUAAACAAUCCUGAAAACGCUUCCAACAAAACAGGCUUUCAGCAGAAGCUGGGCACCUCUUCCAAUGGAGGGGGAAAUGAUCCACACAGUCGAGGCAGAGCUGCCACUUACGGCAAUAGAGUGCACAAGAUCAAAAACAUGUUUCUGCAGAUGGGAGGUUCCUCUUCAACACCCUCUUGCGAAAGCAAUCCCCCUGUUGAGACCAAAUUAAUCAGCCGGGCCCCAGCAGCAGAUUAUGGACCUUCUCCAGGUAGCCCAUCUUUCCUCAUUAUCCAAAAAAAUAAUCUUCUUAAUACAAGUACUAGCCCCUGCAGCAGUCCUGUGGAUUCAUUGUCUGUGCCUUCUACUGCUGACAAGGUCAUCCGUAGCAAUGAUGAGGCAGAUCUGGACAAAGUUGCUCUGGCAGAAAAGUUUUCUGAGACCAGGAAACUAUUUGAGAGAAAUAUAAAACAACGAAGCUCAGUGGACAGAUACUCUCCCAGCAAAUGUGAAAGAAAUGAGGAUAAGAGGAGACGUGGUUCAGCUUCUCCUGAUUGCGGCAAUGUAGUGGACCAUUUCAGUUUUAAUACAGAAGUGAGUCUUCCAGUUGCCCUGGAGAGAGUUGACAAUCAAGGUAGUGAGGAGUUGAAGCAGCAACAUCCCAACAGUGGUCUGAAAUCUUCCUUCCUGAACGCAGGACCCAUUUCUAGGAGGCUGGAAAGCUUUCUGGGUGACAGUGAUACUGAAGAAUCCAAAGAAAUUUCCAAAAAUGAUAGCACUUCAAAUGAAGACCAUGUGGGAGGCCACUGCAAUUUGGAUUCAUCUGCUGCUUUUGAAAGAUGUUCAGAGAAGUCUACACCCACCAAAGUGCCUGUGAUCAUCAGAGAUGAACUGAUCAAGGCACAAGACAAAAGAGAGCAACCACUACUUGAGAGAAGCGUGCAGGAUAUGAGCAGUGUAUCUGAUCAGGAGACUAAGUGGAGAUCAGACAGUAUUCUCUACCAGGUUUCCCCUGUGGAAGGGACUUCUACAGAGCUGAUCGAGAAAGAUGAAACGUCAGGGCAUGAAAAAGAGGAUUUGGAGAAAGAUCAUGUUGUUCAAGAGGAUCAGCCACUCGGACAUCAAGCACAGGAAGGGGGGAGGAGUGACUGUUCCUUGGAAGUAGCAGAAGAGCUUACAGAAUGCAGUGAGACCAAUCAUGAAGAAAUAGAUGGGGUAUCUGUGAAAGAUGGCCUUGUUACACAAGUUCAGGAUGUUCAAGAACAGGAAGAGGACACUGAAGAAGAGGAGCAAGUGGCAGAAAAACAGAGAGAGAAUUUCAGUGCUUUUGGAAUAGAGAAUGAAGCUUUUGAUGAUGAUAGGAAUGCAGAGUUAGAAAACCAAAGGCCUGAAGGUAAAGAAAUUUUGGAGGGAGAGGAGGAGUAUAUGUAUGAUAGUGAAUAUGAGGAGUUUCCUGGACUCUCUGAAGAGGAAGAUCCUGAGCCAGACCGAAAAGUGAAGUUCUCAACAGCUCCUAUUAAGGUUUUCAGUACUUACUCAAAUGAAGACUAUGAUAGACGUAAUGAAGAAGUUGAUCCUGUGGCAGCCUCAGCUGAGUAUGAACUUGAGAAAAGAGUGGAAAAGAUGGAAGUGUUUCCUGUAGAAAUAGAAAAAGGUGACAGUGGUCUGGGCAUCAGUAUUAUUGGAAUGGGAGUUGGUGCAGACCAGGGACUAGAAAAACUAGGUAUUUUUGUAAAAACAAUAACAGAUGGUGGAGCUGCUCAAAGAGAUGGACGAAUUCAAGUCAAUGAUCAGAUUGUUGAGGUUGAUGGUAUAAGUCUAGUGGGAGUUACUCAGUUCUUCGCAGCCACUGUACUGAAAAACACUAAAGGCACAGUGAGGUUUCUGAUUGGAAGAGAGAAACCAGGGACUCAGAGUGAAGUAGCCCGUCUCAUUAGUGAGACUUUAGAGCAAGAGAGAUGUCUGUAUGAGCAACACUAUGUUCAUGAUGAUACGGAGCAGGAUGAUGACUAUGAUGAUGAUGAAGACGCAUUUGAAUCACAUUUACAUGGAAAAUCUGUAGAAGUUUUUGAUCUUCCUGAAAAUGAAGAUAUCAAUUUACCACUGGAUAUGGAUUCAGCACAGUUUCUUCUUAAAUUUAAAGAGCUACAAUUAAAGCAUGCAGUAACAAUGGCUGAAGUUAAUCAACUGAAGGAGAAAUUAAAAAUUGUUGAAACAGAAAAAAAUGAAUGGGAAUCAAGUCGAGCCCAACUUCAGCAAAACAUAGAAGAAAACAAAGAGAAAAUUAAGAAGUUGGAAACCUACUGGUUAGAGGCACAGAGUUUAUGCAAAACAGUAAAUGAGCAUCUUAAAGAAACUCAGGAACAAUGUGAUGCCCUUGAAAAGAAAUACAGCAAGGCCAAGAAAUUGCUGAAAGAUUACCAACAGAAAGAAGUAGAAUUUAUGAAAAAAGAGGAGGAUCAUUCAAGAAUGCUUGAAGAGAGAGACCAGAAAUACACAGAACAGCUGAAAAUAUAUCAGGAAAAAAUUUCAGAGCUUGAAAACAAACUAAAAAUAUAUGAGAGGAUGCCAUAUAUGUUUGGAAGUGGCAGCUUAUUGGAAGAUGCCUGUCAAAACUCAGGCCAGUUGAAUGAACCCUCAAGGAUAAGAGAAGAAAAAGUAACAGAAACAGUAGAGGAAAGGUUAGAUUCUACAGAUAUGUUAAUUUCUGAUUUUGAUGCUUUUGUUGGGGAUACUCCCAGAUUAGACACCAGCGUGCACAAAGCAAAAGCUCAGCUUGCUUUGAAAGUAAAACGCCAACCACCUUCUCGAUCAAAGCUGAAAGAAUCUCUUGGGGCUGGACAACAAACUGCAAAUUUACAGGAUGAGGAUUCAGAAGAUACUAUUCACAACAAGGAACUUCCUGCUGUGUACCUAACAAAGAACUUAGAAAUAAAUGAAAAGUUAACUCUCUCCCAGUUGAAUGACAUAGAUCAAAAGAGUGAAAAGCUGGAACCAGCAGAAAGCACAGAAAGUCCUUUAGAAUCAAGCCCUUCUGCUUCCACACAGUCUUCCCCAGUACACAAAGCAAACAACGAAAAUGGACCAAGCGCCACACAUUCACCUCCAUCAGAAGAGAUGGUUCCAAAUUCUCCUCAAGGAUGUCCCAGGAACGUUAAGCAAAGAGAAGCAAAGGGGAAAGGAAAAGAGGCCAAGGAAGAUAAGAAAAAUGAGGACAAGACAAUAGAAACAAAUGAAGGAACAUCAUCAGGGAAGUCUAAAAGGCGAUUUCCAGAUUUUGGAGGAUUACGGAAAUCUGGGGGCAAGGGCAAGAAACAAGAAAAAGAAAAUCUGAGAGGUUCUCUUGAUAGCAGAGGUUCCAGAGAACUGUUGGAUGACUCUGGCAACAAUCUAUCUGCAUCAGAUUCAGAUUCCCCUGUACCUACCUGUAUGCCUUUCUCUUGGUUUGGAGACAGUCACAAAGAGCCUCAGGUUUCUAGUAGUAGCCUGCACUUUACUCAAAGUGGACAGGACAGUUUAUUUGAACAGGGUCAAGAGAAAAACAAAAGCAAGGCAUUAGAUGAUGAAUUUGCAACAACAGGAAAACAAAAUCAAUGGCACAGUAGACCUAUUUCUGAAUGGACAACCCAGCAAGUAUGCCACUGGUUAAUGGGAAUGAACAUGGAGCAGUAUAUUACAGAGUUUACAGCUAUGAACAUAGACGGACAGCAGUUGAUGCAGCUUGAUAGUGAUAAGUUAAAGGCUUUAGGAGUUUCCAGUCAAAAUGACCGAUCAACAAUAAAGAAAAAAAUUAAGGAUAUUAAAAAAACACAAGAAAAACUGGAAAAACAGAAGGAAAAAGUACAAAAGAAGGAGCGAGAAGUUCGCAAGAGUGGCAGAGGGGUAACCACUCUUGAAUCAAGCUGCUAAAAUGACCCGAUUUAUUCUUAGCACAGGCUUGCUUCAUCUUGAAGUUCAGCAGACUUGUAUAUAAUUGUACAAUUGAGGGAGGAAGGAAAGUGCAACAGUCUAACAUGGUAGGGCUUGGGGUUUUUUUACUUUUUAGUAAUAGUCCCUCCCCAUUACAACCCAUUGAAAUGAAAUAAAUGUUUUCAGUAUUUUUAUUCCUAGUUGACUCUGCCAGUACUAAUAGACAAUAACUUAACUUUCUGCCUUAAGUGCUAUUUGUGCUUUUAAGACUGAUUAAGAAACAAACCACAUACCCUUUUCAUUAAAUUUGAUAGAUGUUUGUGGAGAAUAGACUAUUGAAUUAAAAAUCAUUCCAAUAUUAGUCAACUGGCAUUUGAUAUAGAGUUGAAUUUGAUAUAGGGACAAUAGAAAAAUCCUGCCAACAAAUUCAGUCUGUGACAGUCUGUCUAUCUGUUGCCACUAAAGUUGUAUAGUAAAAAUUAAGUUUAAGAAAACAGUAAUGUCAAAUUAAUUUAAAAAAGAAAGCAUGUAUUUCAAAUUUAUGAAAUUUUUUCUUUGAGUUCUUGUAUUUCUCAGAGAUUGUCCUUUCCUUUUUUUAUUUUAAAUCCACUGUAGUAACACAUUGUUUUGAAUUCCAUGUGUUGCAGUUUACUGAGAAAAUAACCAGAAAUAUUAAGUAGUUUUUAUAAACUACUUAUGUUAAUUAAAACAUUAAAUUUUCUGUACACUACCCUGUAUGGUGUUGGGACAAAGUUUAAACAUAUAAAUAAGAUCUUUUUUAACCUAUUUUUCCUAAAUAAUACCUAGUUUUAUAGAUUUAUGCUAUGAAUAAGAUCAAUUUGCAAUACAUGUAUUUCUCUUUUCUACUUGCUAUUUUUGCGGACCAAAUUUAUAUAUUUGCUAAUUUUAAACUAUGCUGUUUUUCAAACUUAAAAUACUGAGGGAAAAAUUGUAGGGAAAAUUAUCACUGGAGCACUGGGUGUCUGCAUUGUAUUUAAGUGUUUGAUUGUAGACUGCAGAUUAUUUCUCUUUAAAGGAGGAUUUGAUUCCCACAAUAGUUUAGAAAAUGAAUUGAUGUUUGUAUAUUUACAUACUGUCUUAUGGAGAUACUGCAACAGCACUUCAUUAAUUAGAUUAUUUCAGAAACAUUAAGUAAAUGUAUAAAUUCCAUCAUAGAGUGGACUAGAACAAAAAUAAUUCAUUUAUGUGGACCAAGUUCUCCUUUAAAUCUAUGGACUGUUUUUCAUUUUAAUUAAAUGAAUGAACUUCCCAAUUGGUGUUUCACUUUUUUUUUUUGUUUUUUUAUUUUUUUUUUUUAUAAAUACUGUCUUUUCUGAAUUUCAGUAAAAGGAUUGUGUGGAAAUGCUCCUGAACACCACGCAUUUCCAAAAUAAAGGUUAAAAAAUCUU